AUGUGGCGCAGAUAUGGGAAAAUAUUGACACGGCUGACCCCGGCUUUACUGAUUACAGAAGCUAACAGCCCCCAGCUGUUUCGCGAUGCUAGCAGCUCCGUGCGCAAGAUCACAAACCACAGGGACAAACAGAGACUACAGUGCAUUGUGCUCAUCACCUCCUCCAUCACCUCCUCCAUCACCUCCUCCAUCACCUCCUCAUCACCUCCUCCAUCACCUCCUCCAUCACCUCCUCCAUCACCUCCUCCAUCACCUCCUCCAUCACCUCCUCCAUCACCUCCUCAUCACCUCCUCCAUCACCUCCUCAUCACCUCCUCCAUCACCCUCCUCAUCACCUCCUCCAUCACCUCCUCCAUCACCUCCUCAUCACCUCCUCCAUCACCUCCUCCAUCACCUCCUCCAUCACCUCCUCCAUCACCUCCUCCAUCACCUCCUCCAUCACCUCCUCCACCUCCCCAUCACCUCCUCCAUCACCUCCUCCAUCACCUCCCCAUCACCUCCUCAUCACCUCCUCCAUCACCUUCUCCAUCACCUCCUCAUCACCUCCUCCAUCACCUCCUCAUCACCUCCUCCAUCACCUCAUCACCUCCUCCAUCACCUCAUCACCUCCUCCAUCACCUCCUCAUCAUCUCCUCCAUCACCUCCUCCAUCCACCUCCUCAUCACCUCCUCCAUCACCUCCUCCAUCACCUCCUCCAUCACCUCCUCAUCACCUCCUCCAUCACCUCAUCACCUCCUCCAUCACCUCCUCCAUCACCUCCUCAUCACCUCCUCCAUCACCUUCUCCAUCACCUCCUCAUCACCUCCUCCAUCACCUCCUCCAUCACCUCCUCCAUCACCUCCUCAUCACCUCCUCCAUCACCUCAUCACCUCCUCCAUCACCUCCUCCAUCACCUCCUCCAUCAUCACCUCCUCAUCACCUCCUCCAUCACCUCCUCAUCACCUCCUCCAUCACCUCCUCCAUCACCUCCUCCAUCACCUCCUCCAGCACCUCCUCCAUCACCUCCUCCAUCCCCUCCUCCCUCUCCUCCUCCAUCACCUCCUCCAUCACCUCCUCAAUCACCUCCUCCAUCCCCUCCUCCAUCACCUCCUCCAUCACCUCCUUCAUCACCUCCUCCAUCACCUCCUCAUCACCUCCUCCAUCACCUCCUCCAUCACCUCCUCCAUCACCUCCUCCAUCACCUCCUUCAUCACCUCCUCCAUCACCUCCUCCAUCACUUCCUCCAUCACCUCCUCCAUCACCUCCUUCAUCACCUCCUCCAUCACCUCCUCCAUCACCUCCUCCAUCACCUCCUCCAUCACCUCCUCAUCACCUCCUCAUCACCUCCUCCAUCACCUCCUCCAUCACCUCCACCAUCACCUCCUCCAUCACCUCCUCCAUCACCUCCUCCAUCACCUCCACCAUCACCUCCUCCAUCACCUCCUCAUCACCUCCUCCAUCACCUCCUCCAUCACCUCCUCCAUCACCUCCACCAUCACCUCCUCCAUCACCUCCUCCAUCACCUCCUCCAUCACCUCCUCCAUCACCUCCUCCAUCACCUCCUCCAUCACCUCCACCAUCACCUCCUCCAUCACCUCCUCAUCACCUCCUCCAUCACCUCCUCCAUCACCUCCUCCAUCACCUCCACCAUCACCUCCUCCAUCACCUCCUCAUCACCUCCUCCAUCACCUCCUCCAUCACCUCCUCCAUCACCUCCUCCAUCACCUCCACCAUCACCUCCUCCAUCACCUCCUCAUCACCUCCUCCAUCCCCCUCCUCCAUCACCUCCUCCAUCACCUCCUUCAUCACCUCCUCCAUCACCUCCUCCAUCACCUCCUCAUCACCUCCUCCAUCACCUCCUCCAUCACCUCCUCCAUCACCUCCUCCAUCACUCCUCCAUCACCUCCUUCAUCACCUCCUCCAUCACCUCCUCCAUCACUUCCUCCAUCACCUCCUCCAUCACCUCCUCCAUCACCUCCUCCAUCACCUCCUCCAUCACCUCCUCCAUCACCUCCUCCAGCACCUCCUCCAUCACCUCCUCCAUCCCCUCCUCCCUCUCCUCCUCCAUCACCUCCUCCAUCACCUCCUCAAUCACCUCCUCCAUCCCCUCCUCCAUCACCUCCUCCAUCACCUCCUUCAUCACCUCCUCCAUCACCUCCUCCAUCACCUCCUCAUCACCUCCUCCAUCACCUCCUCCAUCACCUCCUCCAUCACCUCCUCCAUCACCUCCUUCAUCACCUCCUCCAUCACCUCCUCCAUCACUUCCUCCAUCACCUCCUCCAUCACCUCCUUCAUCACCUCCUCCAUCACCUCCUCCAUCACCUCCUCCAUCACCUCCUCCAUCACCUCCUCAUCACCUCCUCAUCACCUCCUCCAUCACCUCCUCCAUCACCUCCUCCAUCCCCUCCUCCAUCACCUCCUCCAUCACCUCCUCCAUCACCUCCACCAUCCACCUCCUCCAUCACCUCCUCCAUCACCUCCUCCAUCACCUCCUCCAUCACCUCCUCCAUCACCUCCACCAUCACCUCCUCCAUCACCUCCUCAUCACCUCCUCCAUCACCUCCUCCAUCACCUCCUCCAUCACCUCCACCAUCACCUCCUCCAUCACCUCCUCAUCACCUCCUCCAUCACCUCCACCAUCACCUCCUCCAUCACCUCCUCAUCACCUCCUCCAUCACCUCCUCCAUCACCUCCUCCAUCACCUCCUCCAUCACCUCCACCAUCACCUCCUCCAUCACCUCCUCCAUCACCUCCUCCAUCACCUCCUCCAUCACCUCCUCCAUCACCGUGUGGUUCGCUGGAGCCACAGUCAGGGACAAACAGAGACUACAGUGCAUUGUGCGCUCUGCAGAGGAAGUGAUCGGCCGCAGCCUUCCAUCGCUGCAGGACCUGGCUUCAGGGUCCAUGCAUCUCUCCCUCUAA